UCAACUGGUGCAAAACUAAACUUACUUUGUUGGAAAUGACACAUGAAUUUUUGGAGCAAAAUUACAAGAGCAAAAUUUUUGAGCAAUGCAAAGUGUAACAUGCUUUUAAGAUUUCCCCAAUUUCCUACAAAUUGUGUCACACGUUUAUUGUCUCUUUAUAACUCAUAUAUCUUCAGUAAUGGACAAAAAAUACUUUGUAUUUUUCUCUAUGAGAAGAAACUAGUACCCAAAACAAGAAUACAAUAGUUUUAGAUAAGAACAAGGUCUACUACUUGUUUGUAAGUUGUAACAAGAAGAAGAAAAAUGGAGCAAAACAAAGACAAAGAGCAAGUUGUAAACAAGAAGCUGGGUGGUUACAGAACCAUGCCAUUUAUCAUAGCAAAUGAGACUUUUGAGAAGGUUGCAACUGUUGGACUUCAUGUGAAUAUGAUUUUGUACCUACUCAAUGAGUAUCAACUGGAACCUUCAACUGCAGCUAUCAUAAUAUUUCUCUGGAAUGCUGUAUCCAAUUUCAUGCCGCUUUUUGGUGCUUUUCUUUCUGAUUCUUGUCUCGGACGGUUUCGUGUCAUUGCUUGCGGAACAAUCAUCGACCUUCUUGGAUUGAUUGUGUUAUGGCUAACUGCAAUCAUUAGGCAAGCAAGGCCACCGCGUUGUGACGAAAAGCCAUGCACGAGUGCAACAGGAGGACAGUUCUUGUUUCUUUUCUCAUCACUUGCUUUAAUGGCUGUUGGAGCCGGUGGAAUUAGGCCAUGUUCUUUAGCUUUUGCAGCGGAUCAGAUAAACGAUCCGAAGAGUACGAAAAAUGGGAGAGUGAUGAAGAGUUUCUUCAACUGGUAUUAUGUUUCAGUUGGUGUAUCAGUGAUGGUUUCAGUGGUGUUCAUAGUGUACAUACAAGUUAAAGCAGGUUGGGUUGUUGGUUUUGGUAUUCCUGUGGGUCUUAUGUUGUUUUCUUCUGUCAUGUUUUUCUUGGGAUCUUUUAUGUAUGUUAAAGUUAAACCAAACAAGAGUUUAUUAGCUGGAUUUGCUCAAGUGAUUGUUGCAUCAUGGAGAAACAGACACAUGACACUGCCUCAAAACAACUCUGGUUUGUGGUAUUUUCAGAGUGGUUCUGUUCUUGUUCAUCCUACGGACAAAGCAAGGUUCUUGAACAAGGCAUGCAUUAUGAAGAACAAAGAGAAAGAUUUAGACUCUAAUGGUGCACCAAUUGAUCCAUGGAGUUUAUGUACAGUAAGACAAGUAGAGGAAUUAAAAGCAGUGAUCAAAGUUCUUCCCAUUUGGUCAACAGGAAUCACAGUUGGCAUUACAAUAAGCCAACAAUCAUUUUCUGUGGUCCAAGCAAACACUAUGAACAGAAAGGUUCACAAUUUUGAGAUUCCAUCAACAAGUUUCGUUGCAUUUGGAAUCCUCACAUUAACCAUAUGGGUAGCUAUAUAUGACCGUAUCAUAGUUCCUUUGUUAACAAAAUACACCAAAAAAGGAAAAGGACUAACUUUAAAGCAAAGACUCGGAAUUGGCAUAGCACUCUCAUGUUUAUCUACUUUAGUGGCUGCAUUAGUAGAGAAAAAGAGAAGAAACCAAGCAUUAAGAGAAGGGUUAAUGAAUAAUCCUAAAGGUAUAGUGAACAUGACAGCAAUGUGGUUAGUGCCUCAGCAAUGUUUGGUUGGUUUUGCUGAGGCUUUCAAUGUCAUUGGACAGAUUGAGUUUUUUUAUUCUCAGUUUCCUAAAACUAUGUCUAGUAUUGCUGUUUCAUUUUUUGCUCUUGGACUUGGGACAGGGAAUUUGGUGGCUAGUAUUAUAGUUAAGGUUGUUAAGACUGGGACACAAGGAGAAGGGAAAGUUAGUUGGUUGGCAUCAAAUAUCAAUCAAGGGCACUAUGAUUAUUACUAUUGGUUACUUACUGUUCUAAGUUUGGUUAAUUUGUUUUACUUCUUUUUGUGUAGUUGGGCUUAUGGAAGUGUUGAAGAGAUCAAAAAUUGGGAUGAAGAGGUUGAUACUAAGAUUGAUACUAAAUGUGAGAAAGAGAAUAUGUAGUUUAGUUAACCAAAGGGGUUGGUUCUUUUGUAUAUUUUAUGAUGAUUGUAUUGCUAAAAAUUGGGAUGAAGAGGUUGAUACAAAUUGUGGGGAAGAAAAAAUGUUGUUAAUGAAGAGUGUUUUACUUCUUCUUU